GCUCAAGAGCGCUGACACGACCAACUGGCAAGGAUCCCAAUGGUUCGACCAGUGGUCCGUUGCUGACCGGCGGACAACCUGGAAUUAUCGAGGUGCCAGCAAAGCGCAAAGUGGCAUCUUAGGUCCCCGAGAAGGUCACAUCUGAUUUCAAACAGUCCAUCUGGAGCUUUGCCAAUUUAGGAUACCUUGCCCAUCAUCUUGAGGUCCCUUUGCCACCAACAUCUCGUGCCUGUUGGUCUUCUCUUCCCUUCUUCUCCAAGACAACCUUUAGAGCGUUUGCGAUAAUCAGCUUCAUCCACACGCUUCUUCACACACCAUGGUCCUUCUUAAGAGCUUGGUGGUAGCCAGCUUGGCUGCUGCCGUGGCGGCCAAGUCUGCCGUCCUCGACCUUAUCCCCUCCAACUUCGACGAUGUCGUCCUCAAGUCCGGCAAGCCAACCCUCGUCGAGUUCUUUGCGCCCUGGUGCGGUCACUGCAAGAACCUCGCCCCCGUCUACGAGGAGCUUGCUACCGCUCUGGAGUACGCGAAGGACAAGGUCCAGAUCGCCAAGGUCGACGCCGAUGCUGAGAGAGCGCUGGGCAAGCGUUUUGGUGUCCAGGGCUUCCCCACACUCAAGUUCUUUGAUGGCAAGAGCGAGCAGCCGGUAGACUACAAGGGCGGACGUGAUUUGGACAGCCUGUCUAACUUCAUUGCCGAGAAGACCGGCGUCAAGGCCAGGAAGAAGGGUUCUGCUCCAAGCCUCGUUAACAUCCUUAACGAUGCCACCAUCAAGGGCGCCAUUGGCGGCGACAAGAACGUCCUGGUUGCUUUCACUGCUCCCUGGUGCGGCCACUGCAAGAACCUCGCUCCUACCUGGGAGAAGCUCGCCGCUACCUUCGCCAGCGACCCGGAGAUCACCAUUGCCAAGGUUGAUGCCGAUGCGCCUACCGGCAAAAAGUCCGCCGCCGAGUAUGGCGUUUCCGGUUUCCCCACGAUCAAGUUCUUCCCCAAGGGAAGCACUACCCCCGAAGACUACAACGGCGGCCGCUCCGAGGCUGAUCUCGUCAAAUUCCUGAACGAGAAGGCCGGUACCCACCGUACCCCCGGUGGUGGCCUUGAUACCGUUGCUGGUACCAUUGCUGCCCUCGAUGAGAUUGUUGCCAAGUACACCGGCGGCGCCUCCCUGGCUGAGGUUGCUGAGGAGGCUAAGGAGGCCGUCAAGAGCCUGAAGAACUCUGCCGAGCUCAAGUACGCCGACUACUACCUCCGCGUCCUCGACAAGCUUAGCAAGAGCGAGGGCUAUGCCACUAAGGAGUUUGCCCGUCUGGAGGGCAUCCUCAAGAAGGGUGGCCUUGCCCCGGCCAAGGUUGAUGAGCUUACCGUCAAGGUCAAUGUUCUCCGCAAGUUUGUUGAGAAGGCGGCUGAGGAGGCUAAGGAGGAGCUCUAAAUGCACAGCUAAUCGCUCAGCACCCCUUGAAGUUGUAGCUGGCUGCUUGUAAUAAUAGAUCCAAUUCUGAAUAAAUGAAUGUUUGGUCCUAACGCAUGUUUCGCCAACUCGUUGCGGAAGUGACAGUGAAGGAGAGACAUGUCUUAGCUGAUCAACAUAAUCAUGGCAUACUGUACGUUAACUGCUGUACCCGCGUAAAUAUUAGUUUACACGCCUGCUAUGUAUAAGACCCAAACUCCAUCAUCCUAAAAUGUCUUAGCCCACACAUGACUCUCGCUGAACCCGA